AUGGAGCCCGAGGAGUACAGGCAGAGAGGAAAAGAGAUGGUGGAUUACAUCUGCCAGUACCUGAGCACCGUGCGGGAGCGGCGGGUGACUCCAGACGUGCGUCCUGGUUACUUGCGAGCCCAGCUGCCUGACAGUGCUCCCGAGGAACCUGACAGCUGGGACAGCAUCUUUGGGGAUAUUGAGCGAAUCAUCAUGCCUGGGGUGGUACACUGGCAGAGCCCCCACAUGCACGCCUACUACCCGGCUCUCACCUCAUGGCCAUCACUGCUGGGAGACAUGCUGGCCGAUGCCAUCAACUGCUUGGGAUUCACCUGGGCUUCCAGCCCUGCAUGCACGGAGCUGGAGAUGAACGUCAUGGACUGGCUGGCAAAAAUGCUGGGACUCCCAGAGCACUUCCUGCAUCACCAACCUGGCAGCCAGGGAGGCGGCGUCUUGCAGAGCACAGUCAGUGAGUCCACCUUGAUUGCCCUGCUGGCAGCAAGGAAGAACAAAAUCCUAGAAAUGAAAGCUUCUGAACCUGGGGCAGACGAGUCCUCCCUAAACGCCCGGCUCAUUGCCUAUGCCUCUGACCAGGCUCACUCAUCAGUAGAAAAAGCUGGUUUGAUUUCUCUUGUGAAGAUGAAAUUUCUGCCUGUGGAUGACAACUUCUCACUCCGAGGGGAAGCUCUUCAGGAAGCCAUCAAAGAGGACAAGGAGAGGGGCUUGGUGCCUGUCUUUGUGUGUGCAACGCUGGGGACCACAGGGGUCUGUGCAUUUGACUGCCUGUCAGAGCUGGGCCCCAUCUGUGCCAGUGAGGGGCUGUGGCUCCACAUCGAUGCUGCCUACGCAGGCACUGCCUUCCUGUGCCCCGAGUUCCGGGGGUUUCUGAAGGGCAUCGAGUAUGCCGAUUCCUUCACCUUUAAUCCUUCCAAGUGGAUGAUGGUGCACUUUGACUGUACUGGGUUCUGGGUCAAGGACAAGUACAAGCUGCAGCAGACCUUCAGCGUGAACCCCAUCUACCUCAGGCAUGCCAACUCGGGCAUGGCCACUGACUUCAUGCACUGGCAGAUCCCCCUGAGCCGGCGGUUUCGUUCUAUUAAACUCUGGUUCGUGAUUCGGUCCUUUGGGGUGAAGAAUCUUCAAGCACACGUCAGACAUGGAACUGAAAUGGCAAAAUAUUUUGAAUCUCUGGUCAGAAAUGACCCUUUCUUUGAAAUUCCUGCCAAGAGGCACCUUGGCCUGGUGGUUUUUCGUCUAAAGGGUCCUAAUUGUCUCACAGAAAGUGUAUUAAAGGAAUUAGCUAGAGAUGGUCGUCUCUUCCUCAUUCCGGCCACUAUCCAGGACAAACUGAUUAUUCGUUUCACUGUGACAUCCCAGUUCACCACCAGAGAUGACAUCCUGAGAGACUGGAAUCUCAUUCGAGAUGCUGCCACUCUUAUCAUGAGUCAGCACUGUACUUCCCAACCUAGCCCUCAGGUUGGGAACCUCAUCUCCCAAACCAUGGGACCCAGAGCCUUGGCCAAUGGGAUGUCCCUUCAGUCUGUCAGUGGGGCCGGAUAUGACCCAGCCCAGGCCAGGAAGAUCAUCAAGCAGCCUCAACAUGUGGAAGCCAGUCCUGUGAGAAAGGAAGACAGCUGCCAUCUUGAAACCCUGCUGGACCCACUUGACGAUGACUGCUUUUCAGAAGAGGCCCCGGAUGUCACCAAGCACAAGCUGUCCUCCUUCCUGUUCAAUUAUUUGUCCGUGCAAAAUAAGAAGAAGGCAGUGCGUUCCUUCAGUUGCAACAGCAUGCCUGUGAGUGCUCAGAAGCCACUGCACACAGAUGGCUCUGUGAAGGGCUCUUCUAGGGCCAGAAUCUUCUCUAGGUUUCCAGAAGAAAUGAUGAUGCUAAAGAAAAGUGCCUUCAAAAAACUAAUCAAGUUUUACAGUGUCCCCAGCUUUCCCGAAUGCAGCUCUCAGUGUGGGCUCCAGUUGCCCUGUUGCCCUCUGCAGGCAAUGGUUUAG